GUUUCAAUAGUUCCUAGUUUUCGGUUACGAUUAGAGGAUAAAUUCAUAAGAAAUGUUUAAAUUAACAAGUUUUAUCGUGAUUUUCUUGGUGGGGCUUGCAGCUUCAUUAGAUGAUUUCAACUGCCCCGAAGAAGGACAACAUAUGUAUCCACAUCCAACUCGAUGCGCAAAAUUCUUAGAAUGUAACAAAGGUCUUUUAGUUGAACACGAUUGCUUCCCAUCAACAGUUUGGAAUGCCGACUUAGGUUUUUGCGAUUUCGAGGAAAAUGUUGAUUGUGUUGAUGUGGAAGAACCUGAAGAGGAAGAUAUUGGCAGUGGAAGUGGUAGUGGCGAUGAACCAGGUCCAGUUGGUGAAUGUCCUCUUAUCAACCACAAUGACUAUGUUGAUUUCCUCACACAUUCCCACGAUUGCACCAUUUAUUACAUGUGUGAUUGGGGCACACCGAUUCAAAUGACAUGUCCUGAUGGUUUACAUUUCAACCCAACUUUAAAUGUUUGUGAUUAUCCUUGGGAUGCUGGAUGCACUGCUGAAGGAUUUUAAUCAAAAUUUUACUCUAAAAAUAUUAAAAAUAACGUUAUUAAAUAAUCAAUAAAUCAUUGUGUGGAAUUAAACCGAGAUUAUAUAAAUUUAAACCGUCUUUAUUCUUACAUAAAAUAGAGGAUCAAUUAAAAAUUAGGAAAUAAACUGAUUAGAAGAAAAAGAUAAUGAAGUAAUCCAUCAAUUAUCGCGAUAAUCUUUUCUUUAAUUUAAUUCAUAUCUUAUUUAACGUAAUCAACGUUAUCAAAAAAUCGUAUCCCUAAGCAAUAUGAUGAAAUAAUUUAAUUCCGGAAAUAUAUGCUUUUAGAAAUCGAAAAAGUUAAAAAAUCAAAAUAAAUCUUGUUCUAGCUCUCUAUUUUACCGGAAUUAAUUAAUCUACGAUUCUACGUGUUUCGAUGAUUAAAUAAUAAAAGUUUUAAUCAAA